GCUUUGGCUGCCCGUCCUCCAGCAUCCCGACCUUCUCAGCCUCACAGACAGAAUCUCUCGGGAACCUGGGAAGAAAACAAGCCAUCUUUGCAAGGAUUUGGGCAACAAUUCACAUGCUAUUCUGCACACAGAUCACCAAGAGGACCACCAGAGACUACCAUAGCGUGGCACUCCAACAUGCAAGUGAUAUUAUGCACUUUGUUUUUCCUCCAUAUGAGCACUUGGUCCCAGGCUGACUCCUGUCCUGAUGCCUGUGAGUGCUCAGAAUGGAAGAGUCACACCAUCUCCUGUGCUGACAUUGAUAGACUUCCCGAUUUCCCUGCAGGCACAGAGACUCUAUGGCUUUUCGAGACGCGCCUGUCCUCUGUGCCGUCAGAUGCUUUUGCCAACCUGGUCAACAUCUCGCGGAUAUAUAUAUCGGUGGAUGUGACCCUGCAGAGACUAGAGAGGAACUGCUUUCACGGCCUGAGGAAAAUCACCCACAUAGAAAUACGGAAUGCAAAGAGUUUAACCUACGUUGACCCUGAAGCUUUUAAGAAUCUCCCAAACCUGAAAUACCUCGGUAUUUUCAAUACAGGCCUUACCGUCUUUCCUGACCUGAGCAACAUCCACUCUAAUGACAACAACUUCAUCCUGGAAAUUGUAGAUCAUCCCUACAUGACCGUGAUCCCGCCCAACUCAUUCAGUGGCAUCACCAGCGAUGUGCUGACAGUGAUGUUGUACGGCAACGGCUUCAGAGAAAUCCAACAUCACGCGUUCAACGGGACCAAGCUGGACCAAGUGGACCUCCACAGGAAUAAGUAUUUAACCACGUUGGACGAAAGUGCAUUUGUCGGCACUGUCAGCGGGCCCAUGCUUCUAGACGUAUCCCAGACAGGUAUCACCUCCCUGCCCACCAGCGGUAUGGAGUCCCUAAGAGAGCUGAAAGCACGCAAUGUCUGGGCGCUAAAGAAACUGCCACCCAUCAAAACCUUCAAGCACCUUACCACUGCUAACCUCACCUAUCCCAGCCACUGCUGCGGCUUCAAAAAUCUCAAAAAGAAACGAGGGUUUUUGGAGUAUAUCAUCUGCAACCUGACGGCGUUCUAUGAUCAGCAUCACAAGCGUUCUGUGGCACCCCUGCACAGCCCCUCCCUCCACGGUGUCAUCGAAGAGGUCCCAGAGGAGCCGAGCGAUGGCGGUCACGGAGGCGACUUCCAUGGCAGCCUGCACUACCACGCCUAUUUCGGGGGCCAUCCAGAUGAGAACGUCGGCUUUGGCGAGACCCUGAAGAACCCCCAGGAGGACACCAGUCAGGACUUUGAUAAUCGUUACGAUUACGUGGUGUGCGAGGAGGGUGAGGAAGUGUCGUGCGUGCCGGUGCCUGAUGAGUUCAACCCUUGCGAAGACAUCAUGGGCUUUGCCUUCCUAAGAGUGUCGGUGUGGUUUGUGAGUCUGCUGGCUGUUCUCGGAAAUGUGGUGGUGCUCCUGGUGCUGCUCACAAGCCACUACAAGCUCUCGGUGUCCCGCUUCCUCAUGUGCCACCUGGCUUUUGCUGACCUCUGCAUGGGGAUUUACCUGCUGCUCAUCGCCUCGGUGGACCUCCACACGCGGGCCGAGUACUUUAACCACGCCAUCGACUGGCAAACGGGCCCCGGCUGUGCACUCGCAGGGUUUUUCACCGUGUUUGCCAGCGAGUUGUCAGUCUACACUCUGACUGUGAUCACUCUUGAGAGGUGGUACGCGAUCACGUUUGCAAUGCGGCUCGACCGGAAGCUUCAUCUCCACCACGCGGCCGCAGUGAUGCUCGGGGGAUGGAUCUUCUGCCUCCUUCUGGCGCUGCUUCCUCUAGUUGGGGUUAGCAGCUACCAGAAAGUCAGCAUCUGUCUACCAAUGGACAUCCAGUCCACCGAAGCUCUGGUCUACGUCAUCUCGGUGCUGGUCCUCAACAUCAUAGCCUUUCUGGUGAUCUGUGCUUGCUAUGUCAAGAUCUACUGCGCCGUCCAUAAUCCUCAAUACCGAUCCAGAUCCAAGGAUACUAACAUCGCAAAACGCAUGGCUGUCCUCAUCUUUACCGACUUCCUAUGCAUGGCGCCGAUUUCCUUCUACGCCAUGUCAGCAGUGUUGAAGCAGCCGCUCAUCACAGUCUCCAACUCCAAGAUACUCCUGGUGCUCUUCUACCCACUCAACUCCUGUGCCAACCCGUUCCUUUACGCUAUCUUCACCAAGGCCUUCCGUGGAGAUGUCUUCAUCCUGCUCAGUAAAGUAGGUCUCUGCCAACGGCAAGCUCAAGUAUUCAGAGGUCAGACAGUCUCAUCUAAAGGGAGCAGCGGGACAUCCCAAGUCCGUAAAGACAAGGACAAAUUCAGAAAAAGUCAGAAUAACAAGACAAUUCACCUGAAGAAGUGCUCCGGGUGUACAUAUCAUCAGGUGGUCAGCAGGCAGGCAAACCCUGAGGAGAACCAGAACCUGGAGACGUGAGCUGAACACCAGCCCGAACUCUUUAAAGGAAAAAGUCCUUGAAGUGUUUUCCGGCGGAUCUGUUGGAAUAUUUAACAGAAAGCUCCAGUGGUCUUCCAUUCACCGGCCAAGUUCAGCUGUUUUCACGAUUUCAGUUGUGAUGAUUUUACGCUUCCAGUUGGUGGAGAAUAUCAAGUGUCACUGAAAUAUGACUUUGACCUCAUCUCGACAACCCUGAGGCCUUGUUACGCAAGCACAGCGGGGCUGGCAAUGAGCAAAAGCUCUUCUAAAAGGAGUGAAAAGUAAUGCAUGCAACUAUUUUCUCGAAUGAUUGGAGUAUAUAAAAUCUGAUUUUUAUUACAACGAUCUCACAAGUACAGUACAGUUUCUGUCACAGUUGCACUUAAUGGUGAUUAGUGGUGGUCAGCCUGCUAAAAGGGAGUACUAGGGUUAUAGCAAAAACAAAAUACAUCAACAAAAAUUAAGAAUUAAAUAAAAAUGAAGAGAAAAAGCCAAAAUUACCAAAAUAACAUGAUUUUAUUCUCUCAUUUUCUGAGAAAAUAAUCAAUUGCACCACCAAAAGAAUAAAGGUUGAUUUUUAAUGUUUUAACGUGCUCGUAGUAAGUUUCAUUCAUGUUAUGACUUGAUUAAAUUACAACUUCUAGGAUUACCACUUUAUUCUCUGAAAAUGUUUGCGUAUUACUUAUGCAACGAUAUUCUUGUAUCGUGAAAUAAGGUCAAAUUUAUUUAUAUAGCACAAAGUGCUGUACAGCAGCCAAUAAAACACAAACUACACAAAACAUACCCAAUAGUAAAAAGUACUAUUAAAAAUACAGUAAAAACAAUACACACAAAAAAACACCAAUGACACUACUAAAACAGUCAAAACAGUCAAAACAAUGCCCAGGUUAAUAGUUCAACUUUUUCCUUGUAAUAGGACUUUGUCAAAUUAGAACUAAUUAUU